AUGCCAACAUGGCAGAUGGACAACAAGUCACAGAAAGAUACCAGGAUCAGAAAGAAGUCCUGCUCCACACCACCCUGGAAAAAUAAAUUUUUGCACAAAAAAUUCACACAGAUGCUACUUCUACACAGGCCUCACCCUAGGUACCACAAGCCCCUGGUCAGGGGAAGCUGGCAUCACAGUACGGCAAAGGAGCGAGGACAUUUGAUUGAGAUCACAGACUUAUUUGGUCCAGGCCUGAGUACCCAGAAAGGACCACAUAUAGUCAUACUACAGGGGGCUCCUGGGAUUGGGAAGUCAACUCUGGCCAGUCAAGUGAGGGGAGCCUGGGAGGAAGGCCAGCUGUAUAGGGACCGCUUCCAGCACAUCUUCUACUUCAGCUGCAGAGAGUUGGCCCAAUCCAAGAUGAUGAGCCUCCCUGAGCUCCUAACAAAAGACACAGGUGCCCUUCGAGCUCCCAUUGAACAGAUCCUGUCUCAGCCAGGUCAACUGCUCUUCAUCUUUGAUGAUUUGGAUGAGCCAAAAUGGGUCUUGGAAGAGCAGAGUCCUGAGUUCUGUCUUCCCUGGAGCCAACCACAGCCAGUUCAGGCACUGCUGAGAAGUCUGCUAAGGAGAACCAUCCUUCCCGAGGUUUCCUUGCUAAUCACAGUCCGGACCACAGUUCUACAGAACAUUUUUUCUUUGAAGCAGCCACGUUGGGUGGAGGUCCUAGGAUUUUCUGAGUCAAGCAGGAAGGAUUAUUUCUACAAGUAUUUCACAGAUGAGAGCCAAGCCAUCAGAGCCUUGAGCUUGGUUGAAUCAAACCCAGCACUCUUGACCCUGUGUCUCACGCCCUUGGUGUCCUGGAUGGUUUGCACUUGCCUGAAGGAGCAGAUGGAGCGGGGGGAAGAGCCCACAGUGACCUCCCAGACCACCACAGCUCUCUUUCUGCACUACAUUUCCCAGGCUCUGUCAGCUCAAUCCCUGGGAACCCAACUGCGGGGCAUCUGCUCUCUGGCUACUGAGGGAAUCCUCCAAGGAAAGACCCUUUUCACCUCAGGAGACCUCAGGAAGCAUGAGUUAGAUGAGGCCAUUGUCUUCACUUUCUUGAAGAUGGGAGUUCUUCAAACUCACCCUGACUCUCUGAGCUACAGCUUCACUCGCCUGUUCCAGGAGUUCUUUGCAGCAAUGUCCUGUGCCUUGGGGGAUAAAGAGGAGAGAAGCGAACAUACUAACAGCAUUGGUAUAGAGAAGUUGCUAGAAUUAUGCAGAAGGCAUGAUCUGUUUGGAGCACCAACCAUGUGCUUCCUAUUCGGCCUUUUAAGUGAACAGGGCCUGAGAGAGAUGGAGAACAUCUUCCACUGCCAGCUGUCUCAGGAGAUGAAGUGGGAGCUGCUACAAGCCCAGAAGGAGGCCUGGCCCCAGAAGUCCUUCCUGCAGCCAUACUCUCUGGAGCUGCUCCACUGUUUGUACGAGACUCAAGAUGAUGUCUUCCUGACAAAGGCCAUGGAACAUUUCUUAGGGACAAAGAUAUGUGUUCGAACAAACGUGGAGCUCUUGGUUGUUACUUUCUGCCUUAAAUUCUGCCAGCAUGUGAAGAGACUUCAACUGAAUGAGGGCAGACAGCACAGAGAAGAAGGGAGACCCUCCACUAUAAUUCUGCUCAUGUGGGUCCCAGUCACGGGUGCCUGUUGGCAGAUUCUCUUCUCCAAUCUUGGGGACGCCAGGAACCUGAAGGAACUGGACCUAAGCAGAAACUUCCUGACCUACUCUGCAGUGCAGAGUCUUUGUGAGGCCCUAAGACACCCUUGCUGCCACCUGGAGACCUUGAGGUUGGCUGGCUGUGGCCUCACGGCUGAGUGCUGCAAAGACCUUGCCUUUGGGCUGAAUACCAGCCAGACCCUGACUGAGCUGGAGGUGAGCUUCAACAUGCUAACAGAUGCCGGAGCCAAGCACCUUUGCCACGGAUUGAGACAGCCGAGCUGCAAGCUACAGAGAAUACAGCUGGUCAGCUGUGGCCUCACAUCCAGUUGCUGCCAGAACCUAGCUACUGUGCUCAGCGCCAACCCCAGCCUGACUGAGAUAGACCUGCUUCACAACUGCCUGGGUGACCUCGGUGUGGGGCUGCUCUGUGAGGGGCUGAAACAUCCUGCCUGCCAACUCACACUCCUAUGGCUGGACCAGACCCAUCUGAGUGACGAAGUGAAGGAGGCACUGAGGACACUGGAGAAAGAGAAGCCUCAGCUGCGCAUCCCCAGCAGACGGCUGCCACGUGCGAUGAUCCCUACUGAGGGCCCAGAUGGAGGAGAGAGCAGUCAUAGCACGACCUCGCUGAAGCGGCCCAGAACAGACUCAGAGGGAAGUUCCCCACAAGCAGCACAGGAACCCUUCCGUCUGUCUUCACCUGCCUCUCCAAGGGACCUGCACAUGGAGCCUCUCGGGACCGAAGAAGACUUCUGGGGCCCCACAGGGCCUGUGACUACUGAGGUAGUUGACAAAGAGCAGAGCCUGCACCGAGUUCAUUUCCCCAUGGCUGGUUUCUACCAUUGGCCUAACACGGGUCUCCGCUUCAUGGUGAGAAGGGCAGUGACCAUUGAGAUUGCAUUCUGUGCCUGGAACCAGUUCCUGGAGACUGUCCCACAACACAGCUGGAUGGUUGCAGGGCCUCUGUUUGAUAUCAAGGCUGAGCCUGGAGCCGUGGCAGCUGUGUACCUCCCUCACUUUGUGGCCCUCCAAGGUAAGGAGAUGAACACCUCCCUGUUCCAAGUGGCCCACUUUAAAGAGGAGGGGAUGCUCCUGGAAAAACCAUCCAGAGUGGAGCCAUAUUACACAGUCCUGGAAAACCCCAGCUUCUCCCCCAUGGGAGUUCUACUGAGAAUGAUCCACAUUGCCCUGCCCUUUAUUCCCAUCACCUCCACCGUGUUGGUCUACUAUCGCCUCAACGCUGAGGAAGUCAUCUUCCACCUCUAUCUGAUCCCUACUGACUGCUCCAUUCAGAAGGCCAUAGAUGAUGAAGAAAAGAAGUUCCAGUUUGUGCAAAUCCGCAAGCCACCCCCGCUGACCCCACUUUACAUGGGCUCCCGUUUUACUCUAUCUAGUUCAAGACAGCUGGAAAUCAUCCCAGAGGAACUAGAGUUCUGCUAUCGGAGCCCUGGAGAAUCCCAGCUCUUCUCUGAGUUCUAUGUUGACCAGCUGGGAUCAGGGAUCAGGCUGAAAAUGAGAGACAAAAAAGACGGGACUAUGGUUUGGAAGGGCUUGGUGAAACCAGGAGAUCUCAGACCUACAGCUACUCUCAUCCCACCAACUUCAAUAGUCUCACCUUCAACCCGAGACAUCCCAGACUUGCUGCACUUCGUGGACCAGUAUCGGGAGGAGUUGAUAGCCCGAGUGACAUCAGUGGACCCUGUCUUGGACAAGUUGUAUGGACAGGUCCUGAGUGAGGAGCAGUACGAGAGAGUACGAGCUGAGGCCACCAUGCCAGACAAAAUGCGGAAGCUGUUCAGCUUCAGCCAGUCCUGGAACCAAGCCUGCAAAGAUCAACUUUACCAAGCCCUGAAGGAGACCCAUCCUCACCUAAUUGUGGAACUCUGGGAGAAGAAGGAUGGAAAACGGGGCACUCUGGAUAGGCUUAGCAGCUGA